AUGGCCGACGAUGGUCCUCCUCUUAUUCGUCCCGUUCCUCGAAGACCCUUCGAUCUCAGUUUGACAACUCCUACACCACCAAGCGAGAACUCGUCUCCUUCAACUCCAGCGCCAGCUCCAGACCCCAAUAUUGCGCGCUUCCUACAACCAACUCCCGAGCCUGCGAGCGCAGGUCUUAGCAGGCCUCAGUCGUUCAUGAAUUUGACCUCCUCGACGCUCUUCGGAAUCUACUCUCCCACAACGUCCUCUUCGCGCGACCGUGUCUUUGCCGAUCGCGAUGAGCUCGAUACACCUUGGGGAACAGGCGCUCAGACACCCAUCAAGAGACCUAGCAUCGACGACGCUACGUUUGAUUUUUUGAAGGAUCGCUCGCACCACAUUCGUCGUCGGUCCUCGAUCCGAGUUCACGAACCCGCUGGACCCCUAAAGCAUUCUCCAUCUGGUGGUGCUCUGGUAUUGAGAGGACUUUUGCUUUUCGUUCUCGGCGUGGGAUAUGGCGUAUUAGUCACAUCGCGUUUCCACGAGUCGGACAGCCUUCCGUCUCGUGCUACGUACAACUGGGGCCAUUUGACUUUUUGGGGUCUUGCUGGUGUUGCACUGGGUGCGCUGUUCCCCUGGUUUGAUCGAGUAUGGGAGAAUUCGUUCGGCGACAACGGGGAUGAAGCUGUGUUAGAAAACAGUGCUUCAGCGAAAGAUGACGAUCCAAGCACUGACUGGGCGCUUGCUGUCCGGGCUAUCGGUGCCUUUGUCGGAAUUGUCUUCGCGAUUCGCAAAGUGGCCUGGGCGUCCACCCUUCAGGUGUCACUGACCUUGGCACUUGUCAAUCCCCUCCUAUGGUGGCUUAUCGACCGCUCCAAGCCCGGUUUUCUGCUCUCAGCUGCGGUUGGACUCGCAGGGUCUAUUGUGCUCCUCGGCGUGAACCCAGAUAUGAUGCCGGCGCCUACUCAAGUUCCGUUCAGGCAUUUGGUUAAUGCCACAAUGGCAGGUGAUGGAGAUAUGCCCAUUCUAGGUGGACUCGCCCAGCAGAAAACACUCGAGACGGGCAUGUGGAUGUUGAGUGUGCUUUUCUGCAGCUGUGUCUGCUUUGGAAACAUCGGUCGUCGACUUACCCUCGGGCCGUCGACAACAGCCAAGGGACGCUGGGCUGGAGUGAGAUGA